UUACAGAGCGGAGGCUUCCAGUUCAGAAUAUUCCAAUUAGGGUUCCAUCCUCGAUGCCCCCGAUUCCCUCCCAACCUCAAACACCGAAGCCAGAAGAGAAGCCCGUCGAUCCCAUCCGCCCGCCCGUUCCGCGUAAUCGCACCUCCGUCUCGGCGCUCCGUCUCGCCGGCCACGAUCGCCGGAGGUUAAAUGAAACCAAGAAGACGAGCUGAACAGAGAAGGAAAUGUUUUUAUCAAUUGGCAAUUGGGAGAAUUUUGGAGAGAACACUUAUGCUUUAGUAGGUCUAAUGAUCGAUGUAAACUAUAUUUGACCUGUUUGGUGAAAUGUGCGUAAACGCCUAAUGUAUCAUUUUAGAUUGGAAGCGGCAACUUGGACGCCAUUUUCCCCUUUUCAUCAUGGACCUUGAGAAGGCUGUUGAACUCAUCAUACUACCUGCACAAUGAAGUUCCUAGAAUACACUCCUCUGGAACGAAUAAAUGAUUUUUUGGAUAAUUUGAGUCUUGGCGAAUGUACCAUCAAAGGGUGCCUUGAAGCUUACUCCUGCAAGCAUACAGGAACAGAUAAAAAACUUUCCCUCAGUUUGGAGCAUGAGAUUCUUGAUUAUCUCGGAAGAUCUUCAGACACUGACUCUUCUUCGCCAGUCGAUCACUUGUUGAGCAGAUCCAGCCGAAAGACAUUGAUCUAUCUGGUUCUUACGCUGUAUCACAUGUAUCCAGAUUACGACUUCAGUGUGGUGAAAGCUCAUCAGUUCUUUACUGAGGAAAGCUGGGACAGUUUUAAGCAGAUCUUUGAUAUGUACAUGUUUGAAGCAUCCAAGGAAUGGGUGGAGGCAAAUGGUGAUGGUUCCCUUCUUGAAACCUUAAAAGAGGCUCUGGAUGAGGUUGUUAAGCUAUCCGAAUGCGAAAUAUACAGCUAUAAUCCCAAUUCAGAUGCAGACCCGUUUUCAGAGAGAGGAGCAAUAUGGUCUUUCAGUUUCUUCUUCUAUAAUCGGAAACUGAAGCGCAUUGUUAGCUUCCGAUUUUUGUGCUUAAGCAACUUGGUGGUGGAGGGACUGCUUCCAAAUGAAUUAGGCUAUGGUGAAGAUGAGGAAAUCUUCGAUGACAUGGACAUGUAAAUACAACGCCUAGUUGAUAUGUGUAUUCUGUCCAGAGUAGAGACUUGUAGACCUCCGGCUGUACAUGUCUGGCGUGAAGCUUUUUCAGAGAGCUCAAUAGUAGGUCUAGUUGAUCUAGCUUUUCAGCGUGCAGUUGCUGAUGUCAUUUCAAUGGGUUUUAUGCGUGUAAAAAGUUGUAAUGCUUGAAGACUUGCUGAUAUCUGGAGUUUCUGUUAAGCGGCUUUGGCGGAACAAGGAAAAAAGGAAGAUUCUGGAAGGUGUGCCCCGGUUUAUUCUCCUAUGUUCGGACUCUGACAUGGUCAUCACCAUGGCUGUUUUUGAAAUGUGGUUUGGUGGUUGACGAGUGUCCUGAGUCUAA